GUAUUGUUGCUUCCUUGUUCACCCAACUUUCCCCCAGUACAUCCAUUACCCCUGUAGAGGCAAAUAUGUCGGUAAAAGGGGGUGGAACGAGGGGGUUUUAUUUUAGCACAGUUUUGUCUCUUGCUCGGUCCUUAGCGGUGCACCGGCCAGCUCCCGUGGAAAAGGUUCAGAAGCUACAAUGCAUGUGUCCCGUGGAUAUAAGAGGCGUCUACCAGCUGGACGAACGCCGGAGGGAUGCUGUCAUCGCCUUGGGUGUUUUUCUGGUGGAAUCGGACUUGCAGAGCAAAGACGUCAUUGUUCCGUACUUACUGGGGCUACUGAAGGGUUUGCCGCGCGUUCAGUGGAUUGAGGAGAGCACUGGAAGGAAAGGAAGAGAAGCACUUCCCAUAGCUGAGAAUUUCAGCUUCUGCCUGGUGACCCUGUUGUCCGAUGUGGCCCAUAGAGAUGCUUCCUCUCGUGCCCAGAUUCUGGAGGCUGUUGUGGAUGUUAUGCAGGCCUUCCUGGAGAUGUGUCAGGCUCCAGAAAACCACGAUAAAGAGUACCUGUGCAGGUACACCGUGCCGUGCCUGCUGGGCGUGACGCGAGCCUUCGGCCGGUUCAGUAACACGGACGAGUCGCUGCUCUCCAAGCUGUUCCCGCGCAGGUCCCAGCAGGCCGUGCGCGUGCCCGACGAGCGCGAGGGCCUGCGCCGGCGCUCCUUCAACGACUUCCGCUCCAUCAUGCCGAGCUCGCUGCUCACCGUGUGCCAGGGGGACGCGCUCCGCCGCAAACACAGCAGCACCUCCAACCUGUCCCAGGUUAGUCCAGAUCGCGGGUGGCCCUCUCCCAGCUCUCCUUCAGGACCGUCCUCUCAGUAUUUUGAAGGCUCUUACCUCCCUGAUGGUAGUGCGAUGGACCCUGAUUACUACUUCUGCACCGUCAGCUCCAGCUUCUCCAUCUCUCCUCUCUUCAUCGGGAGCGGCAGCGAGGAGUUUGACAUCCCGCUGGAGGUGCUGCGCCUCCUCCUGCACAUGGUGAAGCGCUUCGUUUCGGAGUCCUUUCUGAAAACUCUGGAUGCCACGCUGUCGGAGUACACCGAGGCCAAUCCUGGAGUCACCCUCUUCUACAGGUCCUUCAGUGACCCGCUCUAUGUGGCCGGGUUUAAAAUGCUGAGGGACACCUUGUAUUACACUAAAGCGGAUCUGCAGACGUCGUUUGUGAAGGAGGUGCACGACUUCGUUCUGGAGCAGUUCAGCAGCAGCCAAUCAGAGCUGCAGAAGAUCCUGCACGACGUGGAGCGGCUGCACAGCGAGCUGAAGCUGCGUUGCCAGGCCAACGCUGCCUGCGUCGACCUCAUGGUGUGGGCUGUCAAGGACGAGCAAGGAGCUGAGAACCUCUGCACUAAGCUCUCUGAGAAGCUGCAGUCCAAAACCUCCAGCAAGGUCAUCAUCGCACACAUGCCUCUGCUGCUCUGCUGCCUGCAGGGGUUGGGGAGGCUCUGUGAGCGGUUUCCGGUGGUUGCUCAUUCUGUCACCAUGUCCCUGCGGGACUUCCUGGUGGUGCCGUCCCCUGUGCUGGUGAAGCUCUACAAGUACCACAGCCAGUACAACACAGGGACUGGUGACAUCAAAAUCAGUGUGACCAAUGAGCACUCUCAGUCCACGCUCAGCUUUCUGUCCAAUAAGAAGGGCCAGCCCUCCAUGUACGAGCAGCUAAGAGACAUCUCCAUCGACAACAUCUGCAGGUGUCUGAAAGCAGGCCUGACGAUGGAUCCUGUGACUGUUGAGGCCUUCCUGGCGAGCCUCUCCAACCGCCUGUACAUCUCCCAGGAGAACGACAAGGACGCCCACCUGAUCCCGGACCACACCAUCCGGGCGCUGGGGCACAUGGCGGUGGCGCUGCGGGACACGCCGCGGGUGAUGGAGCCCAUCCUGCAGAUCCUGCAGCAGAAGUUCUGCCAGCCGCCAACGCCGCUGGACGUGCUCAUCAUCGACCAGCUGGGCUGCAUGGUCAUCACCGGCAACCAAUACAUUUACCAGGAAGUGUGGAACCUGUUCCAGCAGAUCAGUGUGAAGGCCAGCUCCGUGGUGUACUCCACCAAAGACUACAAAGACCAUGGAUACAGGCACUGCUCCCUGGCUGUGAUCAACGCGCUGGCCAAUAUCGCGGCCAACCUGCAGGGGGAGCAGAUGGUGGACGAGCUGCUGGUGAACCUGCUGGAGCUGUUUGUGCAGCUGGGCCUGGAGGGGAAGAGAGCGAGCGAGCGGGCGAGCGACAAGGGCCCCGCCCUGAAGGCGUCCAGCAGCGCGGGUAAUCUGGGAGUCCUCAUUCCUGUCAUCGCUGUGCUGACCCGCAGACUCCCCCUCAUUAAGGAGCCCAAGCCUCGGCUGCAGAAGCUGUUUCGGGACUUCUGGCUCUACUCGGUGGUGAUGGGCUUCGCGGUGGAGGGCUCAGGGCUGUGGCCGGAGGAGUGGUAUGAGGGGGUGUGUGAAAUCGCCACCAAGUCCCCCAUCCUCACCUUCCCCAGCGGAGAACCCCUGCGGUCCGAGCUGCAGUACAACUCUGCCCUCAAGAACGACACCGUCACCCCGGCCGAGCUGAACGACCUGCGCAGCACCAUCAUUAACCUGCUGGACCCGCCCCCUGAAGUCUCCGCCCUCAUCAACAAGCUGGACUUCGCCAUGUCCACCUACCUGCUGUCCGUCUACCGCUUGGAGUACAUGAGAGUGCUCCGCUCCGCUGAUCCUGAUCGCUUCCAGGUCAUGUUCCGGUACUUCGAGGACAAAGCCAUCCAGAAGGACAAGUCCGGUAUGAUGCAGUGUGUGAUAGCUGUGGGCGAUAAGGUGUUUGAGGUCUUCCUUCAGAUGAUGGUCGACAAGCCCAAGACCAAAGAGCAGGAGGAGGAGCUAGAACGCCAUGCCCAGUUCUUGUUGGUGAAUUUUAACCACACCCACAAGAGGAUCCGCCGGGUGGCGGAUAAGUACCUGUCCGGCCUGGCCGAAACGUUUCCCCAUCUCCUGUGGAGUGGCAGGGUGCUGAAGACCAUGCUGGAUAUCCUGCAGACUCUGUCUCUCUCUCUCAGUGCGGACAUCCAUAAGGACCAGCCGUACUACGACAUCCCGGACACGCCCUACCGCGUGACCGUGCCGGACACCUACGAAGCCAGAGAGAGCAUUGUGAAGGAUUUUGCUGCUCGCUGUGGGGAGAUCCUGAAGGAGGCCAUGAAGUGGGCUUCUUCUGUCACCAAAUCCCACCUGCAGGAGUACCUGAAUAAGCACCAGAACUGGGUGUCGGGCCUGUCCCAGCACACGGGCCUGGCCAUGGCCACGGAGAGCAUCCUGCACUUCGCUGGGUACAACCGCCACAGCACCUCUCUGGGGGCCACUCAGCUGACGGAGAGGCCGGCCUGCGUGAAGAAGGACUACUCCAACUUCAUGGCCUCCCUGAACCUGCGGAACCGCUACACAGGCGAGGUGUCGGGGAUGAUCCAGUUCGCGGAGGCGACCCAGAGCAUGUCGGACCUGAACAGGCUGAUGAUGCAGCAGAUGGACGAGGCCCUGGAGGCGGGGCUUCCUGAGGCCUUCACUCAGGCCAUGUUCAGGCUGGCCGCUCUGCUCAUCAGCACUAAAGACUGUGACCCGCUGCUGCUGCACCAGCUGUGCUGGGCGCCGCUGAGGAUGUUCACCGAGCUGGGCAUGGAGGCCGCCAUCGCCUGCUGGGAGUGGUUCCUGGCGGCCCGCAACGGCAUGGAAGUCCCGUUCAUGCGGGAGAUGGCGGGGGCGUGGCAGAUGACGGUGGAGAAGAAGAUGGGGCUGUUCUCGGAGGCGAAGGUGGAGGCCGACCCCCUGGCAGCGUCUGAGGAGAGCCAGCCCAUGCCCUGCCCCCCCGACGUCACCCCCCACUACAUCUGGAUCGAGUUCCUGGUGCAGCGCUUUGAGAUCGCUAAGUACUGCAGUGCGGACCAGGUGGAGGUGUUCGCCAGCCUCCUGCAGAGGUCGCUGCCUCUCACUGUGGGCGGGCCCAAGAGCUGCCUCAACCGCCACGUGGCCGCCAUCGGACCUCGCUUCAGGCUGCUGACGCUGGGCCUGGCUCUGCUCCACUCUGACGUACUGACCAACUCCACCAUCCGCAACGUCCUGAGGGAGAAGAUCUACUCCACCGCCUUCGACUACUUCAGCGUUUCGCCGAAGUUCCCCACGCAGGGAGAGAAGCGCGUCCGUGAGGACAUCAGCAUCAUGAUCAAGUUCUACGCCAGCAUGCUGUCCGACAAGAAGUACCUGACCGCCAACCAGCUGGUGCCGCCAGACACCCAGGACCUGUCGGUGAACAGCCUGUCGGUGAUGAGCGGGACGGACUCGAGGAACAGCCUGGACGUGACGGUGGGGUCCCGGCAGCAGCCUGCGCAGGGCUGGAUCAACACCUACCCCCUGUCCAGCGGCAUGUCCACCAUCUCCAAAAAAUCAGGGCUGUCUAAGAAGAGUAACAGAGGCACUCAGCUGCACAAGUACUACAUGAAGCGCCGGACUCUGCUGCUCGCCCUGCUGGCCAGCGAGAUCGAGCGUCUGACCACCUGGUACAACCCACUGUCCACCCAAGAGCUGUCGGUGCCCACCGAGCAGUCCGUGGAGACCAGCAUCGCCAACUGGAGGUCCAAGUACAUCAACCUGAGCGAGAAGCAGUGGAAGGACCACGUCAACCUGGCCUGGAGCAUCUCACCGUACCUGGCUCUGCAGCUCCCUGCGCGGUUUAAGAACGCAGAGGCCAUUGUGACGGAGGUGACGCGCCUGGUUCGGCUGGACCCGGGCGCGGUCUGCGACGUCCCAGAGGCGGUGAAGUUCCUGGUCACCUGGCACACCAUCGACGCCGACUCCCCGGAGCUGAGCCACAUCCUGUGCUGGGCACCGGCCGACCCCCCCACGGGCCUGUCCUACUUCUCCAGCCUGUACCCCCCCCACCCGCUCACCGCCCAGUACGGCGUCAAAGUGCUGCGCUCCUUCCCCCCCGAUGCCAUUUUAUUCUACAUUCCUCAGAUUGUUCAAGCACUUCGGUAUGACAAGAUGGGCUAUGUGAGAGAGUACAUCCUGUGGGCGGCGCAGAAGUCUCAGCUCCUGGCCCACCAGUUCAUCUGGAACAUGAAGACCAACAUCUACCUGGACGAGGAGGGACACCAGAAGGACCCUGAUAUCGGGGAGCUGCUGGAGCAGAUGGUGGUGGAGAUCACCGGCUCUCUCUCCGGUCCCGCCAAGGACUUCUACCAGCGCGAGUUUGACUUCUUCAACAAGAUCACCAACGUCUCCGCCAUUAUCAAGCCGGUGCCGAAGGGGGAUGAGAGGAAGAGGGCCUGUCUGAAAGCACUGGCUGAUAUUAAAGUGCAGCCAGGGUGUUACCUGCCCAGUAACCCGGAGGCCAUUGUGCUGGAUAUAGACUACAAGUCCGGGACGCCAAUGCAGAGUGCUGCCAAAGCCCCUUACCUGGCCAAGUUCAAGGUGAAGCGCUGUGGAGUGAGUGAGCUGGAGAAAGAGGGACUCAGCUGUCGCUCGGACUCGGUGGACGAGGGGGAGGAGGACCAGGGGGAGGAUGGGAAGGCCGCGUUGCGUCGGGUGUGCUGGCAGGCGGCCAUCUUCAAGGUCGGGGACGACUGCAGACAGGACAUGCUGGCGCUGCAGAUCAUUGGCCUGUUUAAGAACAUCUUCCAGCUGGUGGGGCUGGACCUGUUCGUGUUCCCCUACAGAGUGGUUGCCACGGCGCCUGGGUGUGGCGUCAUCGAGUGCAUCCCGGACUGCAAGUCCCGUGACCAGCUGGGGCGGCAGACGGACUUUGGGAUGUACGACUACUUCAGGAACCAGUAUGGCGACGAGUCCACGCUGGCCUUCCAGAAGGCUCGGUAUAACUUUAUCCGCAGUAUGGCAGCCUACAGCCUGCUACUCUUCCUGCUGCAGAUCAAAGAUCGGCACAACGGCAACAUCAUGCUGGACAGCAAGGGUCACCUCAUCCACAUUGAUUUUGGGUUCAUGUUUGAGAGCUCCCCCGGGGGGAACUUGGGCUGGGAACCGGACAUCAAGCUGACGGACGAGAUGGUGAUGAUCAUGGGCGGGAAGAUGGAGGCCACACCCUUCAAGUGGUUCAUGGAGAUGUGUGUGCGGGGCUACCUGGCAGUCAGGCCCUACAUGGAUGCUGUGGUUUCCCUGGUAACACUGAUGCUGGACACUGGGUUGCCGUGCUUUCGUGGCCAGACCAUAAAGCUGCUGAAGCAGAGGUUCAACCCCAGUCUGAGUGAGAAAGAGGCGGCGGCCUUCAUCAUCAAAGUCAUCCAGAGCUGUUUCCUCAGCAGCAGGAGUAAAACCUACGACAUGAUUCAGUACUACCAGAACCAGAUCCCCUACUGAAGGUGACCCCCCCCCUCCCCCCACACCACCAGCCGGCCCCCCCCCCCCCCCCUCUGCUUCAUCCUCGUUCUGAGAUCGUAGCUGUUACACCGUCUCACUAGAAUCUGCAGUUAUGUGCACUUUAACUCCACCAGCUGUGUUCUCAAAUCAGUGUGCAUGUCUCGUGAAUGGGCAUUCCAGAGGACCGUCUCUCAGAAAAAAUAAUAAUAAUAAUAAUAAUUAUUCAUUUUGUGUCUUUGCCAACGUUAGCAUUCUGGAACUCUGAUUUCUGUUUUGGAGAAAAUAGUAUAGGAUUUGAUUGUGCUUUGAAAGUGCUGAACUGGCUGUAGUUAUUGUUAUUUUAAAGCGUUGCCUUUUCUGCCCGUGGCCUUGACCGUGCGCUUCAGAGUACCGCUAGUGUCCGCAACGUUCCGGAACCCUCCGCUCCGUGGCGUGGGGUUCCGUGGGCUCGUCUCCCGUGAAUACGUGCGCUUCGACUGAUCCAGUGUAAGGAGUGUUACACUUUUUAUGCGUGUGUGUUAACGUGAUUAUGACACAAGACUGAAUCUGAUUUUGUAUUUCCUGUCUCCUGUUUGGAAUUCACAUGUCAUGAAGUAUAUUUAAUAUAAUGAAGAUCAUAAAUAAAGAGUUAAAUUAAAACGCC